ACCGACCUCACCAAGCUGCUGCUGGCGUCCAACCGGCUCGGCCGCUUGUCCGACGACAUCCGACUGCUACCUGCGCUCACCACGCUGGACGUACGCCUCGCACUAAGAAUCUCGUUCUUGGCGCGAUCGAGGGAGCACUCGCGCUAGGCCGUUCCAGCCGUGCUCGAGCGCACUUUCGAGCCAGGGCCUGAUUUUACUGAUUAACCAAACAGACGUGGACGCUGAUCUACUAACAAGUGGCAGCCGGGAUUGCGUCUGCCAAAUGCGCUUAAUCGCGGCGCGGUUCAUUUUCCGUGUUGUGGGAGGAGUAUAUGCAAAUAGAUGAACGGCGCUGGCUGCUUUUGCAUCUUAAACCCAUUCACUGCCGCCCCAUAUUGCCAGCCGUUUUCCAGCAAUUUGACGGAUCUUCCGUAAUUACAAUCCGAAUCCGAAUCCUCUUUACUUGCCAAGUGUGUCAAAAACGCACAAGGAAUUUGUCUCGGGUAGUCAGAGCCGCUCUAGUACAACAAUAGACGGCUGUUUUGACAAUAAAUACUUUUGAUACAUAAAAACACACUUCGCGGAGUCACUUAGCCUCUAGCAAAUCUAAUGACAAGAGGGAAGAAACUGUUGGAAUAUCUGCUAGUUGAGGGGCCAUGAUCAUCUCUACAGUAUUGCGCGUGUCAAGAUCCAAGUCGUGUCGGCCGCACUCGCUCUGAACGCGGAGCUGAGGUCCACGAACGGGAUCCUCACGUAGAUCCCCGUGCUGUCGAGGUGAUCUAGGAUGAAGUGCAGUCCCAUGUUGAUCGCGUCAUCCGCAGACCUGUUUGCUCAGUAGGCAAAACUGCAGGAGGGCACGCGGGGGACCUAUGACGCUCUUGAGGUCGACCAGCAUGAGGCGUUCAAAGGACUUCGUGACCACAGCACAGAUCUAGAGAAAGCCUAUCACAGAGUACCCGGAAAGGAACUGUGCUACUGCAUGCGGAGGUCUGCAGCGGCAGAGAAGUAUGUGAGAAUAAUACAGGACACGUACGAGGGCGGCGGAACAGCGGCGAGGUGUGACAGACCAAUGGAAGGCGGAGGUGGGACUGCAUCAGGGAUCGGCCCUGAGCCCCUUCCUGUUUGCAGCGGUGAUGGACAGGCCGACAGAUGAGGUUAGACUGGAAUCCCCGUGGACCAUGAAGUUUGCAGACGACAUUGUGAUCUGCAGUGAAAGCAGGGAGCAGCUGGAGGAACAGUUCGAAAGAUGGAGGCAUGCGCCGGAAAGAAGAGGAAUGAAGAUUAGCCGAAGUAAAACAGAAUAUAUGUGCAUGAGUGAGAGGGGUGGUGGCGGGGGGGAGUGAGGCGACAGGGAGAAGAGAUAGCGAGGGUGGAGGACUUGAAAUACUUGGGGUCAAGCGUCCAGAGCAACGGGGAGUGCGGUCAGGAAGUGAAGAAAGCAGGUUGGAUAGGCUGACAUGGAAAAGGACGACGCGCUGUGGCGACCCUAAAGGGACGAGCCCAAAGGAAAAGAAGAAGUACAAAAUAUGUCGGAAAAUAUCAAAUAGUUCAGUCUUGACUGAGUGUUUCGACAAGUAUGCGAGACCCAAACGAAACAAUUUGCCCCUCUGGGAUAAUGAAGAUGCCUUCAAAUGUGAACUUUCAAGUUACGGCGCUACAUACGGAGUUAACAUUAUGGCUACUUGCAAAUGUGCAUCGAUGAUAACAAUACCGAUGACAUAGUUUCAAGUUAAAAUAGAGCACAACUUUGCGUCCGAACCGAGCCUCGUUGCGUGAACUGGGACGAGAGGCUCGGAACGGUCCGGCUGCCGUCGAGGCAACGCUCAAAGCGAUCGAUCUGUUUUCUGUGACUCGGUAAUGUGUAGAAAUAGUCGUCGGGCCACGUACAUGUCGUCAUUGAUGUUUGCGGAUGCUGUUGCAGCUGCACGACAACCAGCUGCAGACGCUGCCGAGCGCCUUGGGGGACUUGCGGGAACUUCAGCAGCUGCGACUCGGUCACAACCGCUUGAGGUCGCUGCCACCGGAGGUCUACGGUCUGAAGCGGCUCCGUAGCCUGACGCUGCAGCACAAUCUGCUGGACGGGUUGCCCGAGGAGCUGGGACAACUGGAGGCGCUCGCUGAGCUGGACGCGUCCGACAACCGGCUGACGGAGCUCCCGUCCGGCCUUUGCCGCCUCCGGCGCCUGCAGAAGCUCCACCUGUGUCGCAACAAGCUGGCCCGCCUUCCCGACGGCUUGGCGCUGCUCACCGAUGUGAAGCUGCUCGACUGCAGCAACAACCUUCUGAGUGACGUUCCCGCCGGCCUCUCGCAGAUGCCGGCGCUGGAGCAGGUCUACCUGCGGCACAACAAGCUGUGCCAAUUCCCGCCGCUUCACGCCCCCGCGCUCAAGGAGCUGUACGUGGGGAACAACCAGGUGCGCAGCGUGUCCGCCGAGCAUCUGUCCGGCUUGAGCGUCCUCUCCGUGCUGGAGCUGCGAGACAACAAGAUCGAGACGCUGCCCGACGAGCUGGCCGCGCUGAGCGCGCUCACGCGCCUCGACCUCACCAACAACGACAUCGGCACACUUCCCGCGUCGCUCGGCCUGCUGCCCGACUUGCAGAUUCUGCUGCUGGAGGGAAAUCCUCUGCGUGGGAUCAGGAGGGACCUGCUGACGAAAGGAACCAAUGAGCUUCUUAAGUACCUCAGAGGAAGAACGAAAGAGGAGCCCGAUAGCGCCGCCGACGUGCCGGCCGCCGCGACGCUGCCCGGCCAGGCCGCCGUCGACGUGCGCAACGUGAAAACGCUCAAGUCGCUGGCGUACAGCGACAAGAAGGCCGAGCGCGUCCCGGACGAGCUGUUCCGGGCCGCCGCCGAGCGCGCCGUCACGUCCGCCGACUUCAGCAAGAACCUGCUGAGCGACGUGCCGCCGAGGUUGGCCGAGACGCGGGCGUCGCUGACGGAGCUCACCGUGGCGUUCAACAGACUGACCCGCUGCGACAUCGUCUGCUCGCUGCGGAACCUCGUGCACCUCGACCUCAGGAACAACCAACUGAAAGAUUUACCGGCCGAGCUGAAGAACUUGACGAAGCUUCACGCCGUCGUCCUCAACUGCAACAAGUUCAAGUCCUUCCCGGAGGUGUUGUACGACAUGCCGUCCCUGGAAACCAUCCUGCUGGGCAACAACCAGGUGGGAGGCGUGGACCCCGCUCGACUGCUGGGGCUGGCGCGCCUGUCCACGCUGGACCUGUCCGACAACGACCUGCUCAACGUGCCGCCCCAGCUGGGCCUGUGCACGGCGCUCAGGUGUCUGAGUCUGCAGGGAAAUCCUUUCCGGACACCGCGGGCCGCCAUCGUGGCGAAGGGAACGGACGCCGUGUUGGAGUACCUUCGCAGCCGCAUCCCCGCAUGACCCUUGACCCCCCCCCCCCCCCCC